UGAAUAUCUUAUCUUUCAUUCGUUGUUCUUGUUUAUUGCACGAUUGCAUGAAAUAUCUGUUUUUCGGAUUAUUAGGGUUUUUAACGGCAUGAUGCGAAUACAAAACCUGACUUCUCGGCUACACCGUUUUUAUUGAAAAUAAAAGUAAUUACAUAUUCUAUUCUGGCCAAUAAUUGCCAUGUAUGUAAGUUCUGUUAAACCGUGACAAUCACUACCGAGAAGUUCGUAUUUUUGGAGAGUUUUAGCGCUCAGUCUUUCACACAAUUUCUUCAGUACUCUCUCAUCAAUGGGUUCAAACCUUUUCCAGCAAAUUCACGAGAUACAAGUUUGCUAAGAGAAUUUUUCUAAAAAAAAAUCCCCUCUCUCUGGCUACGUGCCUGUGUCCAACAAAAGCCUGUAUUUCGAUAAUCAAAUGCAGAGGUAACAAUGAAUAGUAAGAAAAUCAUAGUUCCGCGUUAAUGUAAUCAACAUGCUCGCUACCUACAAAUGAUCAUGUGCGAAUACUUACUCCAUCAGUCGAUAUGAAUCGUUGGAAGGGAAAAGUAGCAGUAGUGACCGGAGCCAGCUCUGGAAUCGGUGCUGCCACGGCAAAGGCCCUUGUGAAAGCCGGAUUGGUCGUCGUAGGCCUUGCCCGUCGGGUAGAACGAGUGGAUGCGUUGAAGGGCGAACUGGAUAAAGAAAUCCGGCAUCGUUUGAAUGCGAUUAAAUGUGACAUUUCAAAAGAAGACGAUAUUUUAAAUACCUUCAAAUUAAUUGAAGUGAAAUUCGGAGGAGUGGAUGUUUUGAUCAACAACGCAGGUGUUUUGCGACGAUCCCUACUCCUUGAGACAGGAAACAUAGCACAGCUACGAGAGGUGAUUGAUACCAACGUAAUGGGUUUGGUUAUGUGCAGUCAGCAAGCAUACACAUCGAUGAAAAAUCGAGCGGUCGACGGACAUAUUGUACACAUAAACAGUAUUCUUGGUCAUCACCUCAUCGAUUAUCCGGGGUUGAGUAUUUAUCCUGCGUCGAAGUUCGCGGUAACUGCCAUCACGGAAACCAUGCGCCAGGAGCUUCGAAAGGAAGGUACGAAAAUUAAGGUUACGAGCAUUAGCCCAGGCGUCGUGAGGACUGAAAUGACUCCAGAGGACAUCGCCAAAAUAGCACCAGCUCUAGAAGCAGAAGACAUUGCGAAUGCUAUUGUGUACGUGCUUGGUACGCCACCACGUGUGCAAAUUCACGAACUUAUUAUCAAACCAGUGGGAGAAAAUUUUUAAUUUUUUCGGAAUCACAUUUGAUUAAAUAUAGCUGGAGAUAUUGUUACGCCCA